AGGGACAACGAUCGCAAUGUUGCCCAUGCUCAUUGCCACUGCACAAAUUGAAUCAUAGUAGCCAAACCAUCAUCCUGGGAUACGUCAAUUGCUCUACGCGUUUUGUCAAAUACUUUGAUUUGCUGUGCGCGCAACUUACCAGUAGCUGUGUGACCCUAUACUAACAGAUAACAUUAGGCAGCCAAACACACACUAGCAAGUAGCCUGUUGGUUUACGAUUUUAACACGCCCUUUCACACAUGGACUUAAAGCGCCGUUUACUCUGUCGUGUUUGCGGAUAAUGUUGGCAACAAAAAGGUAACGUUGUCGCACUUCCCUUAAGUGAAACAUUAACUCUAUGUGACUCACAGCUUAAGAAGUAUAGGGCAUGAAGUUCAAAGUUCUUACUCAUUGAUUCGUUGUUCGGUGUUUCUAUCGGCUGUGCUUUGUUUCAGCUUAAGUCCAGACGCAGCUGACGCUACGAGCUAAUGGAACCAAUCAAACAGCGUCAAAAUUGACAGUCGCUAGGUCGUCCCUGUACCUGUUUGGUCCAGCGAUAACAGAACAUGCACAUUAACACGAUGAACACCAUGAGGCUGUGCUUUGACGCUGUCCGAUUGGUCUUCACAGCUCGUAGCGCCGGUUGCUUCUAGACCUAAAGUAAAACGAAAUACAAUGGCGCAAUUUUAGUGGCUAAAGAGCGAUAAUAACAUCUUCGCUACUUGUCACGCCCUGCGGUUCUUAAAUCGCCAGAGACUGUAGGCAUGGUAAUGCAACCAGAAGUGUCCUAAACAAAAAUUAAGAACAGUAAACUUGUAUUCUUUAAUAUUGUAAAAAAAUAAUUUGCACGUUGAUAAACAUCAAGUAGUUCUACCAAUUACUUUGAUUUGGAUGAAGACAACUGCCGCAAACAAACCUUAUCCGAGCUUGAACGUUGCGCAACGGUACAACGACCAGAGGUUCGUAAGAAGGCAUUAACCGAAUUGUUUAGCGGCUUGGCCCGAUUUUGUCCUGGCCUCGCUUUGGGGCUACCGGACCAGCUUAGACUUCAGGAGCGUAUAUUUCUGCUUGCGAACUGUGCAGGUCUGGAGGGAGGGAGCGGAAGUCCCUUGUGCCCCGAAUUGGACGUAGACGUUGAAACGCCGCCGCUCGAUAACGCUUCAUCUGUUGAGGGGACACCUAUUAUGGCCGCUGAAGGAAGGUCUUCUGGGGAAAGGCGCAACACGUCGGUAGACAAUAUGACACACGAAGUCGUAAAAGGCCCGUGCGUCAGGUCCGUCGUUCGACGCUGCUUCCCGGCCGACAUGGUGUACCAAUUCUUCUACUCGAAGCGCGGCAGGAAGUGCACCGCCCUGGGCAAGAACACCAGCACGUGCCUCCGGAACGCCAACCGUUUCCGGACCUUCGCCGCUUGCAAUCAGGCCUGCCGCCGUUCCACGCUCGCUCCUAAGAUGACGUCAGAAUCUGGCAGGAAACCGACGCCGAUUUCCGGUCACGUGAUCUACGAUGCGAAAGGAUGCAGAUUGCGUCCGUCUCUGGGACCGUGCACUUCGGGAGACCGGCGCAGGGCCGAGUUUUACUUCGACACGUCCAGUCAGGUGUGCGAACGACGUAGCGACGGCGAGUGCGCCGAUGAGGGCUACGCGACGCUGAAGGCCUGUCUCUGGGCGUGCCACGUUGGCAUCGAGGGCGCAGUCGUGGCCACGUAGAUGAUGAACGCUGACGCUGCCAGCCAUUCCCCUUGCCAGAACUGAUAUAGUCACUGACAACUUAGGAUGCGCAGGGUGUGUCAAACUGUGAGUAUCUGAUUGUCACUCCCCAGUCAAUACGAUUGCGGCAAUGGUCGAUAAGAAGGCCGAAGCACCAAUCACGAAGCAAGAAGCACGAUCGCUAUAGACCGCAACCUUCGUUUCUCAAGCUCUCAGUGACUAUACAUGAGUCCUAGUCUAUUACCGAUUUUUAUAUGAUGAUGAUCAGAAUUCGCAUUUCCAGUUGGGUUUUGAUAGAAGGGUGAAGCCGACGCGACAUGUUAACAUACAAUAAAUAAACUCCUACUUUUUCUGUUC